GAUUAUACACUUAAUUUAAUACGGUAGUCAUAUCACAUCACAGCGGUCCUGAAAGUUGAAUUUGGUUAUCAACAGUUAUUGUAGUAAAUAUAGCACUAAACGUGGUUUAAAAGGUUGUUUUGGCUUUAAAAACUAAUAUGGAUGUAACCGAAGAAAAUUUGGCAACUCUAGCAAACUACUUACAGCAAACAUUGAAUCCAGAUCAGAACAUCAGAAGACCCGCUGAGAAAUUUUUAGAGAGUGUAGAAGUCAACCAGAACUAUGCCAUACUAUUGUUGCAUCUCAUUGACAAGAACAACUAUGAUAAUACAAUUAGAGUGGCAGCAGCAAUUGUGUUUAAAAACUAUAUUAAACGGAAUUGGCCUAUUGAAGAAGACGGCGUGGAUCGCAUUCAUAUGGCAGACAGAGUCUCUAUCAAGAAUCUCAUAGUGAACUUGAUGCUUAAAUCACCAGAAGCAAUACAGAAACAAUUUAGUGAUGCCGUUUCCAUAAUCGGAAAAUAUGAUUUUCCUGAGAAGUGGCCAACACUUAUACCAGAAAUGGUGGAAAAAUUUGCUACAGGCGACUUCCAUGUGAUUAAUGGUAUACUACGGACAGCUCAUUCAUUAUUCAAGAGGUACAGAUACGAAUUUAAAUCUCAAAAACUAUGGGAGGAAAUCAAACAUGUCCUUGAGAAUUUUGCAAGACCCCUCACAGAUCUCUUUGUUGCUACGAUAGAACUAACUCAGAAGCAUGCAUCGGACGUCCAGGCCCUGCGUGUAAUCUAUGGGUCCCUCGUCCUCAUCUGCAAAGUGUUCUAUUCACUUAACUACCAGGAUCUGCCGGAGUUCUUUGAAGACAACAUGCCCAUUUGGAUGCCAAAUCUGCUGAGACUACUGCAAGUGGAUGUUCCGAAUGUUGAUGAUGGAGACGACGACAACCCUGGACUAAUGGAGAGACUCCGCACGGAGAUAUGCGAAUGCGUUUCGUUAUACGCACUGAAGUACGAGGAGGAGUUUUUGCCUUAUUCAAGCGGCUUCGUGACGGCUGUGUGGAACAUACUCCUCGCCACAACGCAGAAAGCUAAAUACGAUAUGCUGGUUUCGAACGCCCUUAUGUUCCUGGCGAAAGUUGCCGAGAAGAAUUGCUACAAGGGUCUCUUCGAGGAUCCGUCAACGUUGAGCAGUAUUUGCGAGAAAGUCGUCAUCCCCAACAUGGAGUUUAGAGAAUCAGACAUGGAGAUUUUUGAAGAUAACCCCGACGAAUACGUGAGACGCGACAUCGAGGGCUCGGACGUGGACACGCGGCGGCGGGCGGCCUGCGACCUGGUCAAGUCCCUCUCCCAGCACUUCGAAGACAAAAUGAUGAACAUCUUCGGGCAAUACGUCCAGCUGAUGCUGGAGAAGUACAGCGCGUCUGGCGGCGCGGAGUGGCGCGGCAAGGACGCGGCCGUGUACCUGGUGACGUCACUGGCGUCGCGCGGCGCCACGCUGGCGGCCGGCGUGACGCGCGCCUCCCCGCUCGUGGACCUGGGACAGUUCGCCGCCAACCACGCGCUGCCCGAGCUGCAGCGGCCCAACCUGAACGAGCUGCCGGUUCUGAAGGCGGACGCCAUCAAGUUCCUGAUGACGUUCAGGUCGCUUCUGCCCAACGAGCUACUGCUGACCGCUUUCCCAUUGCUGGUGGAGCACAUCCGCGGCGCGGGCGUGGUGUGCACGUACGCGGCGUGCUGCGCGGAGAAGCUGGUGGCGGGCGGCAUGGUGCGGCGCGCCGAGCUGGCCCCGCACGCCGCCGCGCUGCUCGCCGCGCUGUUCGCCGCGCUGCCCGACCACUGCACGCCCGAGCAGCACAACGAAUACGUCAUGAAGGCUAUAUUAAGGACCCUGGCGUGCCUGCAAGAGGAGGCUCUGCCGUACCUCGGCGAGGCGCUGCCGAAACUCGCCAGGAUGCUGUCCGUGGUCGCCAAGAAUCCUUGCAAACCUCAUUUCAACCACUACCUAUUCGAGACACUGUCUCUGGCUGUGUCGUUGGUGACGAAAUCGAAUCCAAACGCCAUAGCUGCCUUCGAGGACGCCCUGUUCCCGAUAUUCCAAGAAAUAUUGCAGAACGAUAUACAGGAGUUCAUGCCGUACGUGUUCCAAAUGCUGUCGCUGCUGCUGGAGCUGCGGGGCGGGGCGGGGGGCGGCGCGGGCGAGGCGUACAGCGCGCUGCUGCCGUGCGCGGUGGCGCCCGCGCUGUGGGAGCGCGCCGCCAACGUGCGCCCGCUCGUGCGCCUGCUGUGCGCGUACGUCGCCGUCGCGCCCAACCUCGUCGUCAACUCCGGGAAACUGAACGCGAUACUCGGAGUGUUUCAAAAGUUGAUAGCUUCGAAAACAAACGACCAUGAAGGCUUCUACUUGAUACAGACUAUGCUCUACAAGUUUGGACAAUCUGUAAUGCAGCCGUACACCAAGCAGAUAAUGACGCUGCUGUUCCAGCGCCUGUCCUCGUCCAAGACGACCAAGUACAUCCGGGGACUGAUAGCCUUCCUCGGGUUCUACGCGGUGCAGUUUGGCGCAGACCCGCUCAUCGACCUCAUCGACUCGGUGCAGACGAACAUGUUCGCGAUGUACGUGGAGCGCGUGCUGGUGUCGGAGCUGCAGCGCGUGACCGGCACGCACGAGCGCCGCGCCGCCGCCGCCGGCUGCACGCGCCUGCUCUGCACCUCCGCGCACCUGCGGGACGGCAGCCUCGCGCAUCUGUGGGCGCCGCUCAUGCAGGCCCUGAUCCAGUUGUUCGAGCUGCCCCCGGACGAGUCCUCGCUGCCGGACGACCACUUCGUCGAGGUGGACGACGCGCCCGGCUACCAGGCGCACUACGCGCAGCUCGCCUGCGCCAAGGGACUCCUCGACGACCCGCUAGCAAAGAUAGAGGAUCCGAAGCGCGACCUGGUGGAGAGCUUGGAGCGCAUGUCGCGCGCGCACCCCGGCGUGCUGCCCCCCCGCCUCGCCGCGCUCUCCGCCCCGCACCGCGCCGCGCUCGCCGCGUACCUCGCCGCGCACAACGUGCACCUGUCCUAACGCACGCCGUGACGUCACGCCACGACUAAACGCUCCAACCUAAACAAAAGUACCUAACAAAUUAUAAUUUUACGUAAUCACUGGUGGUAGGACCUCUUGUGAGUCCGCGCGGGUAGGUACCAUCACCCUGCCUAGUUCAGCCGUGAAACAGUAAUGCGUUUCGGUUUGAAGGGCGGGGCAGCCAUUGUAACUAUACGGAUACCUUAGAAAUUAUAUCUCAAGGUGGGUGGCGCAUUUACGUUGUAGAUUUCUAUGGGCUCCAGUAGACACUUAACAUCAGGUAGGCUCUGGGCUCGUCCACCCAUCUAAAAAAUAAAUAAAAAAAACAUAAGUAAUUUUGAGAUGACAUUUAAAAAAAAAACACCGUAUGUGUACUUAGAGUCGUACAUCAGUAGUUUUACUUCUUUGAGACUAUUGAUAACAAAAUUCACAGAAUAAAUUUUAUAAAUAUUACAACGGCACCCGGAACUUGAUCACUCACUACAGAUAAUACAGAGAUACUAUUUUUCCCAAACCGAAAUAACUUCAAAAAUGCACAGAUAUUCGAAGAUCAUACGUUAAAACAAUCAGUUAUAUUUAAAACGUUGAAAUUAUUGUUAACAGACCUUUUGGAUUAUUUCCGGUAUUAACACCACAUUGUAAAAAUACAUUUACAUACAUAAUACUAUACAAAUACCUUUUGAGCAGAUGCAAAAUUUAAGUUUAACAGCUUGGAAGUGUUAUUGGAAGUGUACUGAAUGCAACUAGUUUAUUUACUAUCAUUAUGGAGGGUAGAAGUAAGGACCACCAUCUUGUAUAGGGGACAAGUUGGAAAAGUGUUCGCCUGUAAACAGCAAGUUAUUGUUGGAAGACUCACUUGAAAUAGCGCUAGUGUAGGAAGUGGAAGAGUUUAAACAAAGUGAGGCGUGGUAGUUUACAGGUCACCAAAGUUAGCCAAAAAAAUUUUUUUUUAAGUGAAACUUCUUUAGAAUCGUGAUUUCAAACUCGAUGAAACGAAAAAAUAAGUCCGUAGUGUUUUUUUUAAUACAGCGCCAUGUAUGAUUUUUUUUAAUACUAACGUGUGUAUGAAACCUCUUUGUAGUGGAUUUUAAUUUAGAAUUAUACGUGAAGUUAAAAUAUCAAUUCACAGAGGGCGCUACCUCAUACUAUUAAAGAUGAUUUACAAUUGAAUAUGCAAUUUCGAAAAGGGCACAAAUCUCUGAAAAUGUAAAAUUUUCAGGAAAUGAAAAAAUCUGAUUAUUUUCUAAAGCAGUGUAAAAUUUAAAAUAUUAAUUUUUGAGAUAUAUUUUAGUGUUAAUUAGCAAUUGAAAAUUACUGGAAUUAUUAUAAAAUGGGUCUAGGUAAGCCUCAAAACUACAUGUAUAUUAUAAAAAAAACGUAUUUGACAAAAUAUGCGACAUGUGCCCCUUUCGAAAUUGCAUAUUCAAUUAUUUACUAAUGACAAAAUUUUACAUAUACUUAGACAUUUAAGAUAGUUGUAUUUUAAUUUUUUUAGGUUUCACUUCUACCACGUGUGAAUUGCACACAUGUAUUUUUUUUCUGUUUUCGACUUUUUUUCUAUUAAUUCGUUUGUUCUAGAUUGUUCGCUGUUAAUAAUUGUUUGUUCUCCAUUUAUUUAUGGCGCUGUAUUUAAAAUUUUUUCACUUGCUACUGUGGCGCCACCUUAAUUACCCACCUUUCAGUAUACACUUUUUAAUACAUUAAGAUGGUGCUCCUUACUUUUCUAACCCUCCAUAAUGUUGUUCUGAAUAAAAUAAAACCAUGUAUGACAAUAUCGAUAUCAAGUCAAACGUCAGUCCACCAAUCGUGUGCCUCAGAAUAAUUAAAACAAACAUUGUCAAUGACAUUACGUAUGUCUGGUCAUUUUGUAAAAUUUUAAUACGUUUGUGAGUACUUCUAGAAGCACACAAAAAAUAACCUCAUUUGUUUAAAAUGUAUAAUUAUUUUUUUAAUACGUCAAUGUCGAGUAAUUACAUAAAUUAUUGGAGUUAAAACAAAAUUAAUUAUAGUCGAAAAUGAAUAUUGCAAAAUGACAUUUUAGGCAGUGCCUUACAAGAUGUCAACUAUAGGAUGUGAGUCGACUAUUAUCAAAGCCGGCAAUGUGACUUUUGUACAAUUAUUGGUAAAUCAGCAAAACGAAUUAUUGACUUUGUAUUCCAUUGGCAGUCACAAAACUCUUCUGAACGACAUCUUAGUUAAAUAACAGGUUAAUUUAAUAUUUUAUUUAAUGCAGGUUUUGAACCGUAUUCUUUGAAGGAGACGAUUAUAUUCAAAUCAAUCUGUAUUGACAUAUCAAUAACAUUUUUUUGUCCAAAUGCACAGAUUGCCACCUUUGAUAAUAGACGACUCAUGUGUCAAAUGGGAUUUCAUGUAAUUAUAUCGAAUAAAUUACAAAUUAGUUAAUAAGCGAACUAGCAGAAUGAGAGCGUUAUUUGUUUGGGUAAUAAUUUUUAUAUCACACAUAAGGUGGUGCUAUAAAGUCACUUAAGCAAUUUUUGUUAAAGCUGAACUGAGUAUGAGUAAAAAGAGAGAGAGAGGUUUGCUUUUACUGAUGAAGUUUAAAGUUGUAGUUUGAAUAUUAUCAUUUUAUUUCUAUAGCCUAACAGAACUAUAUAUGAUAUAAUAAAGAAUGAUAUAAUAAAAUGUUGAAUUUUCCAACGUUACUCCUGAAAAAUUACAUAAUUUGCAUAAGUGACGUUAUCCCACCGUAUGUGCGAUAUAUUGGCCUUUGUUUCAAUGAGAGUGCUAUGGGACGAAUGAUUUAACUGAAUUUUUAUUAUAUACAUGUGAUACAAUGUUGACCUCAGAAGUGGUGUUUUUGUAUUUAAACGACAAUAAAGGCGUGAGUGAAAGCGGAAUUUAAUGAAGCUAGGUUUUUGUAUUGCAAUUAAAAAUUGUUCUGUACAGUAAGGUAUUGUUUUUGUUGAAUAAUAAUCAAUUGCUUAAUUUUAGGCCUACCUUUUCGAAUGUACUAACUAACCAGUUAACCAAGAACUUCCUCUUUAUUUAACUAUAAAAGUCAUAAUUAAAAACACUUUUACGGUAAUUUUCUCUUGUUUUCGCGUUUUGUAUUGUUCUUAUAUUAUUUCUGAUAUUUCGAAUACAAACUUUACGGUUUUCGUUGUCGCGGAAGAUGACAAUCCGUAAAAUUAGUUUUAGUCGUGUCUAGAAACGCGAAUUUGAAGAAUAUAUUCGUCUUAGAAUUUUCAAUAGAUGAUAAUGUUUCCUGAAACAAAAGGAAUGAGUGUCACCAUGGGCAAAACUGGACACCUAUAAUAAAUCAAUUUAAAAAGUAUAUAAGGGUUUAGCGUUUUUUAAAUUACUAAAUAAGUCAAGAUUAAAUAUUUUUAAAACAAAUCCACAACACAUGCCAGAUUAGCCAUAACUGAUCCUUAUAAACUGCGGUUAACUGGACUAUAGGUAAUUUUUGUAAGCUGUGGUUAAAUAAACUUUUAAUUUAGCCCCAAAUGACGUCACUUUUGAUGAAACUCCUUCAGACAUACUUUGUAUAGUUUUUUUUUAAUAACAAUUUGCGGUUUCCGUUUUGUAGCCUUUUCGUUUAAAGCAAUACUAAUGGUAGAUUUAAAUGUACUGAUAGUAUAAAUAAUGUAGAGUUUAGCAUUGUAUUAAAAUUGUAAUGUGGGCUAAAAUAUGAUCCCACAGAUAAGCUAGUUUUUUUUUUAAGUUUUCAGAAGAGCUAUUGUUUAUAUAUUAAUUGAUGUCUCACCUGAAAACUCGCCAUAACCAGUCGUGUAAUCAUAAGUCUUAUUUGUAAUGUCUUGUGAACUUGUAUUUGUUUCAGCUACUCACAAUUAGUGUCUCUUUGAUUUAUCUGUAUCUAUGUAAAAUUAAAACGCUUUUGUUUAA